UAAUAGUAACUUAUCUUUAAGCUUUAACUUAGUUUCUAAGAUUUGUGCUAAUAUUUUGUUUUAUUGCUGUGAUAUAUAAGUGCAAGUGUUCUAUUAAUGUCUUCGUUACAUAAAAAUCUAGAAAUGGCUAUAUGAAAUUUAUAAUCAGAAUUACGUUAAAAAUCCACGCUACAAACUAAUUAAUAUAGCAAUGAGUUCAGAUGAUGUUACUGUGUUUCAAGAAUGCAGUAAAAUAUUAAAUAAAAAUACGGUUGGCGAAAAUGACCUUUUAAAUAUAUCUGAACACAAUAAUUCGGAGAAUAUUUGUAAAGGUUUUGCUAAGAAUGAUCAAGACAACAAAUUAUUACAACUGAAGAGUGUAGUUAAUAAAAAAAAUAAUCAAAUCAAUACAUUUGUAGACUUACAAAAUAAAAUUGAAGACUUAAAUCUAAAUACUAAUGAUAAAAAUGAAUCAAUGUUUUUAAAUGAACUACCUAAAACAUCGACAAAUCAUAAUGAAGCACAACAACCGUCUUCUAAAAUUCAGAAUAAUACUCAAGAAAAUAUUAAAUAUUCAUUUUGUUCGAAUCAUAGAACAGAAAUAGGUGAGGAUAGCUGCCAUAUCGCUAGUUCAUAUCCAAAAACUUCUUCACAGCAAUCAUUGGAAUCUCGACCUAUUUAUCCCAAUGUUUCAUAUAGUCCAUAUGGUAGCCCUCUUAUAAAUAAACGUCGUCCCCAACUUCGGGAAUCUAAACGUAUUUCUAUUGAAAAGUCCGGUUCUUUUUUACAGUUAAACCAAUAUAAAUUAAUGGAUCAAAUAGGACAGGGAUCUUAUGGAUUAGUUAAACUUGCGUAUUCUGAAGAAGACUCCACCCAUUAUGCUAUGAAAAUAUUAUCGAAACGACGACUACUACGGCAAGCUGGUCUCAUGAAGCGUGGUCCCAAAAAAAUUACAUCUCCUUUGGACCGUGUAUAUAGAGAAAUAGCUGUACUAAAAAAACUUGAUCACCCUAAUGUUGUGAAAUUAAUCGAAGUUUUAGAUGAUCCAAAUGAGGACUCUCUUUACAUGGUUUUCGAAUUAGUUAAACUCGGAGAAGUUCUUAACAUACCAACCAAUAAACCGUUAAGUGAGAACAGGACUUGGAGUGUUUUCCGUGAUGUAGUACUAGGAUUGGAAUAUUUGCAUUAUCAACGUAUUAUACAUGCCGACUUAAAACCAGCUAACUUGUUGCAAACUGAAUGUGGUCGUGUCAAAAUAGCUGAUUUGGGAGUUUGUAAUGAGUUUAUAGGAGAAGAUGCAAAUAUAAGUAAUGGUACUUCCUCUGGAACACCAGCAUUUCGGGCACCAGAAACUUUAAACAUUGGCAAGAAUAUGUAUUGCGGAAAAGGUGCAGAUAUUUGGUCAUUAGGGAUUACUCUUUAUUCAUUGGUAUUUGGAAAUGUUCCAUACUUAGCGAAUUCGAUUCCGGUUUUGUACGAAAAAAUAAAGAGUGAGACGGUAUCUUUUCCUAUCAUACCAAAAAUAAGUGACGAUUUGAAAGACUGUAUACAAUGUAUGUUGCUAAAGGAGCCUUCUACGCGUAUAAAAAUGUCAGAAUUAAAGAAUCACUCUUGGGUUGUUCGUGGUGGUUCGCACCCUUUACCAGUUGAGGAAGAGAACUGUUGCUUGGUAGAAAUUAGCGAAGAGGAUUUAAAUUCGGUUAUUCGAAGUAUUCCUAAGUUAGAUACCUUAAUUCUAAUAAAAACAAUGCUUAAAAACCACUCUUUUGGAAAUCCGUUCUUAAAAGAAAUAUCUCAAAAAACAGUGAUACAAGAAAAGACUCGAUUAGAUAGAUUUGUUCGUGCUGGACGUUCAAGAUCAGCGCCUGAUACUUAUAAUACAGUGAUAAAUAUGCAAAAUUCGCUUGGUGAAAAAAUUUCAAAUUGCAAUAAUGAUUACUCGGACUCACUUAAAAGUUCUAUUUUAUCAAAACCCAGUUAAAUAUUUGAAAUGCUAUAAAAUGUUACAGUUUAUAAUAUAGCUUUAAUAAAAUAAAAUUUGGGGUAAAUAUAAUUUUUUUAAGAGUUUUAGCAUUGCUUAUAAAUUUAUAUUUAACAUUAUAUUUCGAUUCUAAUUUGUUGCCAUUAUUGUUAAAUUUCAGGUUUAUAUUUAAUGUUAAUGAACUUUAUUAAAUAUGUAAU